CAGUGGGUGAAUGAUGACGUAAACACGCAACGUGUACGAUACGUCGACUAAACAGGAAGAGCAAUGGUUGAAUAAAUGCCGUGCUAAAAAAGGAGCAAAGAAAGUCUGACAGCAUCCAGCUCCAGCCAUGAAGCGCUGCCGUUUCUGCCCCAGACUGUGCUCCCGCUCGUCGGCCUACACUCUAGCCCUCGGCCUGGGCUUUGUAACCCUGGGCACCAGUCGCAUCCUGCUGCUCAAACUGUCAGCCAAUGCAAAGAGCAAGUAUGACUUCCUCCCUGCAUCUGUCAAUCUCCUUGCUGAGGUGCUCAAAUUGGUCUUCUGUCUGGUGAUGUCAGUCAGGGUCAUAGUCCGAGAGGGACGAUCAUGCAGAGAGCUGGGCUGCUACUCCAGCUCCUCCUUCCUCAGCUCACUGAAGUGGGCCAUCCCCGCUUUCCUCUACUUUCUUGACAACCUCAUCGUCUUCUAUGUGCUGACCUACCUGCAGCCUGCCAUGGUGGUGCUGUUCUCCAACUUUGUCAUCCUGACUACAGCUGUACUCUUCAGAAUUGUUCUGAAGAGGCGCCUGUCCUGGGUUCAGUGGGCAGCGUUAGUUAUCCUCUUCCUGGCCAUCGUUUCCUUGACAACAGGGUCGGGGGGCAGCCAGCGCUCCAUGGCUGUGCCGGGUCUCCACUCUAACCCCCUCUCCAUCCCGUCCAACUCCUGCCUACUUUACACACAGCUGCUGGAGCAGAUGAAGUACAGCAGUGCCAAUGAGUCAUGGGUGGCGUCGCUGCCUGGCCAGGCCUGGAGGGACAGGAUUGUGGCGAAGCUUCGCUCUCUGGGUGUGGGUCACAUCCUGCUCCUCCUCCAGUGCUUCAUCUCUGCCAUGGCCAACAUCUACAACGAGAAGAUCCUCAAAGAAGGAGACCAGCUCACUGAGAGCAUCUUCAUCCAGAACAGUAAACUGUAUGUCUUUGGUGUGGUGUUUAAUGCCCUGACCCUGGCGCUAAGCAGUGACGCACGAGGCCUCACUGUGCACUGCGGCCUUCUCCAUGGACAUAACAUUUACUCCCUGGGCCUGGUGCUGGUCACCGCCGCCCUGGGUUUAUCUGUGGCCUUUAUCUUGAAAUUCAGAGACAACAUGUUCCACGUGCUGACGGGCCAGAUUACCACUGUUCUGGUUACCGUCCUCUCCCUCUUCCUCUUCAACUUCCAGCCUUCACUAGAGUUCUUCCUCCAGGCGCCCAUGGUCCUGCUGGCCAUCUUUAUCUACAACGCCAGUCGGCCCAAGGACCUGGAGUAUAGCCUGCAGCAUGAAAAACUUCGGGUCGUCAAUGGCGAGGUGUUAGAGCGAUCCAGGGGGGAUGGUGAGGAGCUGGAGCUCCUGACAAAGCCCAACACAGACAGUGAGUCUGAGGAGGAGUCUGUGUAGCACUACCUGGCUUGACCAUGAGAUGGAAACUACUGUUCUUCACUACUGCACAGUAGACAUGGAUGCAGCUCAGUCACUCAGCAGGUAAAACGUGAUGUGACGGUACUGAUCAGUUGUCCGAUGAACUCUGAAGGACACUCCUGAUAUUGUGUCUCAUACCUUGAAGUGGGUGUAGCUGCUGUCAUUUAUGUGGGGACAGACCAGCAAAACAGUUGUCACUACAUUUGUUCUCUUUAAGGACUCGUGUUCUUUCAUAUGACACUUCCUGCUGUGUGUGCAGCUGUUUGAUUACCUGCAGCUGAUGGAUAGGUUUAAGGAGCAGCUGUUAUAUAUUGUAGUUAUGCUUUAAACUAUUUCUAAUUAUUGUUGGCAUUGUGUAGGGGACGUAUGUUCCACUCUCUGGUCAUCUGAGGCUAAAUGUGAAAAAACCUCAGCAAGUCUUGUACAAAUCCACAAACUAUACUGUAGAUUGAAAAAUAACCAUGGAAUUCUAAAUUUUAUAUCAAAUGUUUUUCUUACACUCACCAGCCACAUUAUUAGGUACUCCUGUACAAGUGUGUGCGCUUCAGUGCGACACUUCCACCUUAACAUCGGUGUUUAUGAAGCUCAAAAUGUUUUUUGGUGAAAUUGUUGUAAAUGUAUAAA